AUGGGGACAAGUACAGAGAUGCUGGAUGUUAUUGUUAAUUUUAAGGCUGAAGCUAAAGAAUUUCAUGGGACAACUGUGACUCACUCCAAUCUGAGGUGUUUUCUUGAUACUGUUACACCGAUUGUAAAGGCACACAGUAUGGUACCAUUUCUUCCAUUGCAAAAUGGCUAUGUUGAAAAGAUUGCAGAUGGAGUCAAAUGUUUUUACCUUGGAGAGCUUUGGAAUAGGUUCUAUGAGUGGAGCGCUUGUGGUGUUGGUACUUCGGUGCGCCUCCCUUCGGGUGAGACAAUAGUCCAAUACUUUGUGCCAUAUCUUUCAGCCAUUCAAUUGUACACCAACAGAGCAGAUUUUUUUCCUUCACAAAGAAGGUUUGAUGAGGACAACCAGCACAAUGUGAUGGAUUGUUUGAGUAAGUAUGGAUGUGAAACACCUUUACACAAGUCCAAGAUUGGAGAUGAAAGACCAAUCUCAAUAUGCAAGGGGGAGUUGUUCUUUAAGUAUUUUGAACUUGACUCCCCUUACGAAAGGAUGCCUUUCGCAGACAAGGUGUAUGAGCUAUGCUAUAAAUUUCCUGCCUUAGCAUCUCUAAGCAGUGUAGAGCUCUCACCAUCAAGUUGGAUGUCAGUAUUUUGGUAUCCAAUAAGUCAUACCCCUGCGAAGAAUCCGAAAGAUCUGAAUACUUGCUUUUUGACUUACCAUAGCCUCUCCACAUCUAAAGAGUAUGUGGCUCUAAAUGACGGGCAUGCCUUCGACCAUGUGGCGCUCGCCCCAUUCGGCCUCGUGACGCUCAAGCUGGAUGAGAAAGUAUGGGCUAGUCCAGACACUAGUGACCAAGAGCAUAUUGCCUCUCUCUUCAGUUCAGCUCAAUCAUGGAUAAAGAAGCACCAAAUCUAUCACCACGACUUCAACUACUUCUCUUGCAGCAACACCUUUGCCUGA